GAAAUAGUCCAACGAGCUCUGUAUGGGGAAUGUUACAAGAUUGAGUCCGAUCGGCCCAUCCAGGUAAUGUUCGUUGAGAGGUCAGCCUGCUUCGUUGGUGGUGACGAUGAACAUGCUGGUGAGGUCGGAGAUCCGGCAACAUGUUUGAUUAUACCGAACGCUUUGUUUUACGAUAUGUAUGUAUUCAGUACACCAGACACGACCAGGACUAAAUCCACACACUACAUGACACUAGUCAUUGAGGAACCAUACUUGGAUAUUUUGAGGUUCGAUGAUCAACCGAUACAGCUAGAUGAGAACAUUCCGUGGAAGUACGUGUUCGGUAUGAUGGCGUGGAAAGUGGGAUCUGUGAAAGUCACCAGCGGCACCCACUCCCUGCAGGGGAUCCGCUUGUUCUACUUCGGCUGCUACCUCUAUGGCUACAACCAGGGUUAUGGCUACAUGCAUCCUGCAGGCUUCAUGGCGUCAUCUAUAGAUGUAGACACUUGUGAAGUUACCAACGCUGAUAUGGUACGGGGUGACAUCAUUGACAACGAUUGUGAUGGACGAGUGGAUGAAGAAUAUUUAGAUGGCUGGGACAAUGACCACGAUGGGUAUAUCGAUGAGGACCUCGCUAAACCAAAUAGAGUCAAUGGCGGCUGGCAAGCCUGGCGUGCUUGGACGUGUACACAGAACUGCAAGAGUACAGACAUGGAGCGUGUCAGGCGCUGCGUCAACCCCCGUCCCGUCAACUUUGGGUCAAAUUGUCUAGGGAAGGAGAACGAAACUAAGUCGUCGAAUUGUUGGGUUAGGAAAAGAUGUCCUACAACAUGUCCUAAGAUGAGUUACGGAGCCGAGUGUGCCCACACCUGCUCCAACUGCGUCAACGACUGCAACAAGUUCAACGGCUCCUGCUUAAAGAGAUGCAUCCCAGGAUAUCAGGAUCUGGAGGAGGGGUGCACGACCCCCUGCAGCUCCGGGUGGUACGGGGACCAAUGUAAACUAAGCUGUGAGGAGAAGUGUGGGGGCGAAUGUGCGGACCCGGUGGAAGGCGAUUGUCCAAUACGGUACUGGCUGAUACUCAUGAUUGUGGUCACAGUCCUUGGUGUGGUUGGCGGUGGUUAUUACUAUUGGAGAUGGAGACAAGAAUAUAGGGGUUCUGGAUCUUCUAUGUUCACCUAUGCAUAGAAUUCUGAAACGAGCUGAUGAAUGAUUUUCGCUGAAAUAAAUCCAUGUCGAGAAAUCUAUAUUUCACGAUCCC